AGGGUUUUUGCCAAUUUGCGCUCCUUCCUCGGCUUCGCCCGCUUCCUCCUCCCUGGUGUUCCCGAGACGGAGUGCUGGCCAUGAGGGACCUCCACCUCUCGCUGAACCAGACCCAGCGGGUCCGCCUCGAGUCCGCGCUCUACGAGCUCCAGUCCCUCGCCCCCGCCGCCGCCGUCACGGUCGCGGACACCAUCCCCGUCAACCACGAGGACAACAUCCUCAAGGGGCACGGGACGUCGGAUCAGGACGGGGAGGUGGUGGCGACGCUCUGCGGGGUGGUGGAGCGGGUCAACAAGCUAGUCUACGUGCGCACGCUCAGGGCAAGGUAUAAGCCUGAGGUUGGUGAUAUCAUAGUUGGCCGUGUCAUUGAGAUCGCUCCUAAGCGUUGGAGGUUGGAGAUAAAUUUUAGCCAAGAUGCUGUUUUGAUGCUUUCUUCUAUGAAUUUGCCCGAUGGUAUUCAGAGAAGGAGAACUGCUGUUGAUGAACUUAAUAUGCGGAGUAUCUUUGAAGAAAAUGAUGUUGUCUGUGCUGAAGUUCGUGGUUUCCAGCAUGAUGGAUCUUUGCACCUACAAGCAAGGAGUCAAAAGUAUGGAAAGCUUGAGAGGGGUCAAUUGCUUACGGUACCUCCUUACUUGGUAAAACGACAGAAGCAGCACUUCCAUCAUCUUGAGCAAUAUGAUGUCGAUUUGAUUCUUGGCUGCAACGGAUUCAUCUGGGUAGGUGAGCAUGUUGUGGUGCGUGAAAAUACUAGUAAAGCGGGAGAUCAGAAGACGUCUAGCACUGAAGUGGAGACUUACACCCCACUAGAAACGAGGAAGCAUAUUUGCCGGCUUGCCAACGCUGUACGCAUGCUUUCAGCCCUAGGAUUCACUUUGACUGUUGAACUGAUAACUGAGACAGCGGAAGCAAGUUCAGCAUCAACUGUUGAGAUAAAUGACAUGCUUGGGGCUGAAUUUUACGUCCAGACGGCAGAGAGAGAGGCUAAGCGUCGAGCUGAUCUGUUGAAGAAGAAUGGGGCAAGGUAAGUAACACAUGUUUCUUGCUGCCUGAUAUGCGGAGAACAGCGCCUGCUCUGUAACAGUGUGUCUGAUCCAUAUGAGAUCUGUAAUAGUGCCUUAAUUGUGAUCUGACGACAUCAGCAAAGUAAAACAUAUAAUCAGUGCCAUGUACACAAUUAACAGAUAUGCAAAUUGCAGAUUUACGGAGUUUUCUCCACUUUCGUGGUGUGCAUGCAUUU